GAAAUUCUUUUUAUAUGGAAAGUGGUGGUGGUGGUGGAGAUGGUGGUUUCUUACCCAAUUCUAGCUUUGGUACAUUCCCUGAGACGGCUAUGGAUAUGGAUUUCAUGGAAGAACUCUUCUUUGAUGGAUGUUGGCUUGAGACAACAGAUGGUAAGAGCUUGAAGCAGACAACUGGACAACCAGCUCCUAAUACUACCAACAUGAAUAAUAACAACAACAACUCUUUCCUUUAUGGCUAUCAAUUUGCUGAGAACCCUUCUCAGGAUCAUAUCUCCAACGAAGAUACAGGCAGAAAGUAUCCUCUAACACCAGGUUUCCUCAAGAUGGAAGAUCUCACCAAUCAGCCGAUGACUCAAGUAACUUUUGACCAGUCUUCAGCUAUGAGUUCAGCACAAGCAGAGAAGUUUCUCCUUGAAGAAACCGAGAGAGGUAGAAGAUGGUGGAUUGCUCCAAGAGCAAACCAAGGCCCUUCUUCAUCUGUGAAAGAUAGACUAGUACAAGCUAUAAACGGUCUUAAGGUGCAGGAAAAAGACUUCCUCAUACAGAUAUGGGUGCCAAUUCAACAGGAGGGCAAGAACUUCCUUACCACUUUGGAGCAGCCACACUUCUUCAACCCAAAAUACUCAAGCCUCAAAAGAUACAGAGAUGUCUCAGUGUCUUAUAACUUCUUGGCUGAUGAAGACUCCAAGGAGUCUGUAGGUCUCCCUGGCCGUGUGUUCCUUGGGAAGUUACCCGAGUGGACACCUGAUGUCCGGUUCUUCAGAAGUGAAGAGUAUCCACGCAUCAAAGAUGCACAGAGAUGUGAUGUCCGUGGUUCAUUAGCCCUUCCUGUGUUUGAAAGUGGUAGUGGAACUUGUUUGGGUGUUGUUGAGAUUGUUACAACAACUCAGAAGAUGAAUUACAGACCUGAACUUGAGAAUAUCUGUAAAGCUCUUGAGGCUGUUAAUCUAAGAAGUUCAGCAAACUUGAAAUCUCCAAGUAGUGAGUUUCUGCAAGUUUAUAAACAAUUCUACUGUGCUGUAAUACCUGAGGUAUCAGUCUUUUUGACAUCAGUCUGCAGAUCCUAUGAUCUGCCUCUGGCUUUAACGUGGGCACCGUGUGCUAGGCAAGGUAGAGGUGGAUCCAGACAUUCUGAUGAGAACUUCUCAGAGUGUGUUUCAACUCUAGAUUCUGCAUGCUUUGUUCUAGACCAACAGAGUCAUAACUUCCAAGAGGCAUGCUCUGAACACCAUCUCCUUCAAGGGGAAGGCAUUGUGGGAAAAGCCUUUAAAUCUACCAAACUGUUUUUUGUACCUGAAGUAACUACUUUCAGCAAAACAAACUACCCUCUUGCACACCAUGCUAAGAUCUCUGGCCUACAUGCCGCUUUAGCAGUCCCUUUGAAAAACAAAUUCAAUGGUUCGGUUGAGUUUGUGUUGGAGUUUUUCUUUCCCAAAACUUGCCUUGACACUGAAGCGCAGCAAGAGAUGCUCAAGUCACUGUCUGUGACACUGCAGAAUGAUUUCAGGAGCUUGAAUCUUGUCAUUGACAAAGAGCUAGAGCUUGAAGUGGUGUUUCCCGUUAGAGAGGAGCUGCUUUUCUCGGAGAAUCCACUUGUUGAUAAAGAGACAGGAGAGAGUCUGAAACCUCUGCCUUUGGAAGAGAUCUCUCAAGAAGAUUCCUCAUGGAUCUCACACAUGAUAAAUGCUAACGAGAAGGGUAAAGGAGUGUCUCUAUCAUGGGAGUACCAGAAAGAAGAGCCAAAAGAAGAGUUCAUGCUGACAUCUGGCUGGGACAAUGGUCACACUAGCUUUCUUGCAGAUGCUGAGCAGUUUCAUAAGGCUUCAAACUCAGGACUUAGACUUGACACUGAUCCAAGUUUUGAUUCAGCUUCCUUUGGUGUGGGGCAAACAUUGUUAGGAAGUAGAAGACCAGGUGAAAAGAGAAGAACAAAGACAGAAAAGACAAUAGGUUUAGAAGUUCUUAGACAAUACUUUGCAGGAAGCCUCAAAGAUGCAGCCAAGAGCAUUGGUGUUUGUCCAACCACCUUGAAAAGAAUAUGUAGGCAGCAUGGGAUAACAAGAUGGCCUUCAAGGAAGAUCAAGAAAGUGGGGCACUCAUUAAAGAAACUCCAACUUGUGAUAGACUCUGUUCAAGGUGUUCAAGGCUCUAUACAACUUGACUCAUUCUACACAAGUUUCCCUGAACUAAGCUCUCCACAUGUAUCUGGUUCUGGUACUGGUACUGGCACUUCCUUCAAGACCAAUGACCAGCCAAGUCAUCUGAAUGCUCAAACCGAGAACGGUGUUUCAGUACAGGGAAAUGGCGUGGCUCCAACCUCACCACCACCAUCAUCUUCUUGUAGCCACAGCUCUGGUUCAAGCACAUGCUGCUCCACUGGAGCUAAUCAAAGCACCAACACUGCAAACACCUCAAACACUAUAUCCACCCUGAUGGCUGAAAAUGCUGGAGCAAUCUUGAAGAGAGCUCGUAGUGAGGUAAGACUUCGUACCGUGAACCAGGAGGAAACUAAGUCCCUCUCUAGAACACUUAGCCAAAGAGCAUUCACUGAGCAUCCUCUUUUGAGUAAUCUACCUCGGUUACCAGAGAGUCGUAGCAGGAGCUUGAAAGCUGAAGGCGCAUCUAAAGUCAAAGCCACGUUCGGUGAGGCCAAAGUACGGUUUACUUUGCAUCCAACAUCAGGAUUCAGAGAGUUGCAACAAGAGAUUGCUAGGCGUUUUAACAUAGAAUUAACUAAUAUUGCGACCUUUGAUCUUAAAUACCUGGAUGAUGACAAAGAAUGGGUUCUUCUGACGUGUGAAGCGGAUCUUGAGGAAUGUAUCGACAUUUAUAGAUCAUCAAAGAGCCGCACCAUCAAGAUUAGCGUUCAUGAAGCUUCUCAAGCCAAGCUGGGUGGCUCUUUUGGUAGCACUGGUCCUGUUCCUUUGCUAUAAGCAUUCAGGUAAGGCUGCAUGUUCCUAAAAACACAAGAACAAGAAGAUGAUUUUUCUACUAAUUUAAUAGUGUUUUAGUUACUCACCAUUUUAUAGACUGGGGCAUCGUUUGUAAACAUAUUUUCAGUUUUGCAAGAAGUAGUAGUGUACUGGUUUUCUGCAUCGGCUUAGCAGUUUUUUUUUGUAUAAUAAGGCGAUUGCAUACCAGGAACAUGCUUAUUAUGUAUUUUAUUUUCUGUACAUCAUUUGUCAUUUGGAUUCUACUAAGCUUAGCAAGUAUGUUG